AUGUCGUCCAUCCCAACUACUACUUCCGUUGUGGAGUCCGCCGUCAUCAAGGCGCCCCUCAGCCACGUCUGGCAUCUCAUCAAGCUUCAGGACUUUAGCAAGUUCUGGUCCGCUUUGAAGUCCAGCCAGUUCGUCAAGGGUGCUAGUGACGAAACCCAAGUCGUCCACUGGGUCUUCAACGACGGUACUGAACUUGAAGUGAAGCAGGAGGAGCACAGCACUAUCCAUCAUUACAUCACCUACAGCGUCAUCACCGCCAAGCCCGAGCUCAGCUACUCAUCGGUUCUCUCCACCAUUCACUUAUAUCCCGUCACGUCAGGCGAACAUGAGAACAGCACAUUCGUCGAGUGGACCGGGAACUUCUCCAGCGAUGCCGACGCGAGCGUUAUUCAGGAUGCCAAGUUCAAGCGUCGCGAUGCCCUGGCUGACUUGGCCAAGGUUGCGACGAAGAAAUAA